UUGGCCCGAGCGGCCGUACGCGGCGCCCAUUGGCCUUCGGCGCCGUCGGUCCUGCGGCGGCCUGGGCCUCGGCGGGGUGCGGAGCCGCGGCCCUGGGGGCGCCGCCCGCCCCGGACCCCGCGAGCGCCGGAGCAGGAAUGUCAUGCCUUUAGACAAGAGAGAAACCUGACGAGUAGCCAGAGCUAGACUCAACAAUGGACUCACGGAGGUGUGCAGCAAAAUGGGUUGAGGGAGUGCACAACUACUUUAUUCCACUUUGAGUUCUUCUUGCACUGUCUUCACUUUUGCUUCAGAGAGAACUAUCUAAUGGGUUUGUUAAGCUGGCGAAGAAGAGCAGACAGCCUCUUGUGGUACGUUUGCAUCCUGAUGUACACACUUCGAUUCUGGCAAUCUAUGAAUGAGACUUACCUGUGAACCUGCUGUACAGACGGAUAAGGAACUCUGUUUUUGUCAUGUUAUCUCACCAAUGCUGGAGGAGCUGAAACUUCCUGCGUCUUGGGGAGAGCAUGUAUAAAAGGAAUGACUUCAUGGCCAAUGUGAUGGUCACCUCUGCUACUCCAGAGGGUAGUAGCAGCUCAGAUUCUCUGGAAGGGCGAAGUUCAGAUUAUGCCAAUAAAAGCUACGAUGCAGUUGUAUUUGAUGUGUUGAAAGUAACUCCUGAGGAGUUUGCUAGCCAGAUUACACUGAUGGAUAUGCCGGUGUUUAAAGCUAUACAGCCUGAGGAACUAGCAAGCUGUGGAUGGAAUAAGAAAGAAAAACAUAUCCUUGCUCCAAAUGUUGUUGCCUUUACUAGAAGAUUUAACCAGGUCAGUUUUUGGGUUGUACGAGAAAUAUUAACAGCACAGACCUUAAAAAUAAGGGCAGAAAUAUUGAGCCAUUUUGUGAAAAUAGCUAAAAAGCUUCUAGAACUGAAUAACCUUCAUUCUCUUAUGUCUGUGGUGUCAGCACUGCAAAGUGCUCCUAUCUUCCGACUGACCAAGACUUGGGCUCUUUUGAAUCGCAAGGACAAGGCCACCUUUGAGAAGUUAGACUACUUGCUGUCUAAGGAAGAGAAUUAUAAAAGGACACGGGAUUACAUCAGAAGCUUAAAAAUGGUUCCUACGAUACCAUAUUUAGGAAUUUAUCUCUUGGAUUUAAUCUACAUUGAUUCUGCAUAUCCCGCUUCAGGCAGCAUUAUGGAGAAUGAGCAAAGAUCCAAUCAAAUGAACAAUAUUCUGCGAAUAAUAGCUGAUCUGCAAGACUCUUGUAACUAUGAUCACCUUACAACCCUGCCCCAUGUGCAGAAGUAUUUGAAGUCUGUCCGUUACAUUGAGGAACUUCAGAAAUUUGUAGAAGAUGACAAUUAUAAAUUAUCAUUAAGAAUUGAGCCAGGUAGCAGCUCUCCUCGUCUGGUUUCCUCUAAAGAAGAUCUUGCAGGUCCAUCUGACGUGUCAGCAAUUAUGAAAUUCAGCAGGAGACCCACGUGUCCUGAUGCCUCAGUAGCAGCAAGUCUACCUACACCUCCUGUACCACGGCACAGGAAGAGUCACAGCCUGGGAAACAACAUGAUGUGUCAGUUCAGCGUAGUGGAGAGCAAAAGCGCCACCUUCCCGACAGAGAAGCCACGGCACCUCCUGGAUGACAGCGUCCUGGAGUCCCACAGCCCAGCCCGCAACCACCCACUGCCCUCACUCCUCACCAAUGGCCUUUCCAUAGAUAGCAGUGAAAGCUCAGAAUUUAGUGAGGAGCUGCCAUCAGGGCUUGAAAGGGGUCGUUUAUAUGCUACGCUGGGGCCUAACUGGAGGGUACCGAUCCGGAAUUCUCCUAGGAGUCGAAGCUGUGUCUACAGCCCCACAGGGGCCUGCAGCUGCACAUUAGGUAAUUCCACAGGAGUCAUUACCAUGGAAGGGCCGCUGAAAAGAAAAACAUUGCUCAAAGAAGGCAAGAAACCUACGCUCUCUUCAUGGACAAGAUACUGGGUUAUGCUUUCAGGAUCAACUCUUCUGUACUUUGGAGCAAAAUCUUUAAGAGGCACUGAAAGAAAACAUUACAAAUCUACCCCCGGUAAAAAAGUUUCUGUUGUGGGCUGGAUGGUGGCGCUGCCCGACGACCCUGAGCAUCCUGAUAUCUUCCAGCUAAAUAACCCUGACAAAGGCAAUGUUUACAAGUUCCAGACAGGUUCAAGGUUUCAUGCAAUAUUAUGGCAUAAGCAUUUGGACGAUGCAUGUAAAAGCAACAAGCCUCAGGUACCUGCUAACCUAAUGUCAUUCGAAUAAUUUGCUCUCCUACCUGGUGCGACUUCAAGUGCCAAACUGAAGAAACAGGCUAUUGAUUUCUAAGGAGGAAGAGGAGAAUGGUUUUCCUGACAUGAGCCAGACACAAAUAUUUCAGCACUUUCCCACAUAACUUGAAAGUGAUUCUGAUUCAGCUUUUAAAAGCAGAAAGUGAAUGUUGUCCUUAGGACCAGUCAUAGUCUUAUGCACUGAGUGAAAGCAGACAAGUUAGAUGGACAGAACAUUAAUCCUGACUCCUGCAGGAUUCUAGAGCCCUCAACUUUUUGUGGUCAGAGACUGCCAUGAACUGAUGUUUGACCGCAAACUGAGCAUCAUAUCUUCUGCCUAUUCUUUUUUAAACGGUUCUUUUUAUUGUUAAGCUGCUUUGUGUGACUGAAGAAUAUUUGGCCCAUGUUGGGUUUCAGUUCUUUCUGAUGCACAGAAUGAUUGACAGUGUUAACUUGCUGUAGAGUGUCAAUUAGAAUAGAAAAUUGUGGAACAACAUUUUUAUAAUCUUAAGUGCACUGAGUCGCUUGGCAAUGUGGCUGCCUCAGAUUUUGUAUCAAAUCUUUGGACAAUUCUGCUGUUCACAUUUGAGCUAUUUGGGAAAAAUUGUAUUUUGGCACACAACAGCUGGUUUUCUUUUCACUGAGUAUGUUACUCAGGAGUGCCCUGACAAUGGAUUUAAGGCUCUUUAAAUUUAUGUUGUACAAAAGGUCAUCUUUCAUUCUCUUACUAGUGGCAUAGUUUCUUAGGUUUUUUCAUUAAGUCUGAAUGUUGUUUAUUUUAGAUCUCGUGGUACAGGGAAGCAGGUAGUCAUGUGUUAGGUAUCGCACGGACCUGGCUUCUGAGAAUGACUCCACAUCAUUGUUUCUGUUCUGUCUUUCUGUGGAUGGCUCGGCACCACUCAAUUGCAGUGCAGACGCACCUUUUUGACACAGUAUUCUGGCAAGUGGUACUGCCAUUAUGAAGUCAUGACGGCGAUGAAAGCUAGGCAAGACCGUCUGACCAUGGAGCAGGUACAAAGAAGCCUCCACACCAGUGUCCAGGCAACAAAAAAAUGAAUGUACGGCCUUCUCCUCUGAAAGAACUCUCUGCAGCCACAGCUGUAAGCUUGCUGUGCCCUAGCACUGCUGUGGUUAGAGUCUUUUUCUGUUCCCACGUUAAGUUCAGCACCUUUUCCUGUUUUAAACUCUUUUGCCAUAAGAUAUCAGUAUUCACACUUCAUCUGUCACUGGAAAAACUCUUCUGAGUUUCUAAAGAUUGCUCUAGCUUACAAACUGUGGGAAAAAUGGCAGUCAUUUUAAUUGAACAGAAUCUAUAUAAGAACAAGCUCCCAGGCAGUAGGAGUGUUCAUUCUGUGGACUGGCAUGAUUUUCUACAUUUUUAUUUUGAAACUUCUCUAACAGCAACAACAGACAAAUGCCUGUGUUAUUAAAUUCAAGUCAGCUGUAACUUCUGUGUUACUUUAAGUGAUGUUACGGUCCUGAGAAUGGAGCCUAAUAUGUACCAGCUUUUCAAGAAAACCGGUGCCGAACAAGAACUGCAUUUAGAUCCCGGGACAUACGAAAGAGUAUGUAAAGUUGACAGAGUUUCUUUGAUAGCUCAAGAGUUGCAUGAAAAGAGUGGUAAUGCAAAAUAUAUUUAUAUCUUUUUUUCUCCUUUUUUUCCAAAUUAAUACAACUUUGAGCUAGGAAAAACAUUGGUAUCUCAGGGGGCAGAGCAUCCAAUGCCAUCAGAAGCAGCAUAGAAGCUUUUGAAUGUGGUAAAAUUGUGCCACCAUUAAAUGACUUCAGACUGUUAGAGUAUGCAAUAAUCUGAACUAUCUUGCACCUGUGGACCUUUUUGGUUAGUUAUCAGUGAGAUUAUUCACGUAGAUACAAGUGAUAUGUGGAUGGCCGUUCUAAUGCGUGUGCCACCUAUGGCCACGUGCAUUAUCUGUUAUUGGCGCUCACAGGGUUUGAACCCUGUGCAGAAUGGUGACUGACACAAUGACACACUAACCAAAACAGAACUGUUAAGUCGAGAUGUUUUCUUACAGUUACUUUAUUAGUAGCCCUUUCCUCUUCAGAGGGAGUAACCUGAUCUGUCUUAUAUCUAAGCUAAAUUUAAAUUGGAACAUUAAUUGACCUGAAGUAUUACAGACAUUAGAAGCAUAUUAAUACUUACUCAUUUUUUAUGUGAUUUAGUGGAAGUGAACACCAAUGAAGACUUGUGACAUUUUUUCCAGCAUAUUGCAAUUGAGCUAAACUAAGGAUGUUGUAACAGUUUUCAGUUACGUUUAAGAAGCCUCCCUUGGAAAGAACACUAACUGCUUAGCGAGACAGUACCAACAGAAUGAGCCUGGACAGACUCAGGCUUUUGGAAUUUAAGGGUCUUAAAGUGUUAUAGAUGUUAUCGUAUGUACAAGAGGUAGUGUUCUCAGUUUCAAAAAUAUCCUUUUACCCAGAAUUAGAAGCUAUGGAAAAGAUACAAAAGAGUCCAUUUUCACCUGCUUGUAAAACAGAUUCCCAACUAGAAAGGAAGCAUCUUUGCCAGAACCCACAAUGGUGCCCAAAAAAAGUGUGGCAUGAAUGAAAGGCGGUAUUUCCAAAUGGUUCUUAAACACAGUAAUUUGUCACUGAGAAGAGAUGAAUCUUUGGAGAAAUUAAAUCCUUCAAUCCCACUCAAUCCUCAAACUCAAAUCCUACUCAGAACCUUGCAAUUUGGAAAUGCAUCAAAAGUAACUUGCAUCCCUUUACGCUGCUCUGUUUGAAUCUAAAAAGCAUUAGGUAGAAGAAAGAGUAACAUAGCAAAUAAUAGUUUUACACAAUUGUCAGAUAAACAUCUUUUGAGUAUAGCGCAAUUGUGAAAUUGCUGCACAAUAUAAAAUACCCAGAACAAUGGCAGUGUAAGAAUAUUACUGAAAUGCCCUAAAUGAAUUUAAAAUUAGUUUUUAAGUAUAAACAGUUUGUAGUUGCUGAUUUGAAUUUUUAUGCUGCCAUUUGGUACCAUUUGCUGUCAGCUGGUACUUUUGAUAUGAACGGAAAGCUGCUAUUGAGACACAACAUAUUGCAUAUUAGUACUGAUUAAUACAGCAUUUUCACAAAAAUAUCACAAACUGUACAAUUUUUCAUCCAUCAAAAAGAAAACUGCAAUAGUGUAAAAAUAAACAUCUCAGAAUUACUAUUUUCAGAAUUGUGAUGAUACAAAAUGUAUGUACGCAAUAUAAUUAAUUUAUUAAUGUGCAAUUUUAAUGUAAUUCAGUGCCAAAAUGCAUGUUUUUCCAGAUAGCACUAAAAUGAGGCAAAGAAAGUAGUUCUCAAAUUGACAAUAGUGUCACAUUAUAACAUAAACCAAUUUCAACAUUUUGGUUUGUUUUGUGUGAAAACUGUUGCACUAAUUUUGGCUGUAUUUUCCAGCAGUCCACUGCAUGGUGUUUGUGUAAGGAUUCUUUCUAUAAUUCUUGUGAACUGUUUCACCCAUAAUAACCCUGGCGUUGGAAUCUAGGUUUUUGGCAAAGUAUUUUGUUACCUCAGUCUUGUAUCAAGUUGCUGUAUUUUUCAGUUUGUUACAUUGAUAAUGGUUGUUUCACUAAUUAAACACUUUAAUGUAAAAAAAAAGUUUGUUUACUUCAACAGCAAUUACAUUUGGUUGUAAGUUUAAAAACGUGCAGAGUAUGUAUGCUAUGAACAAUAAAAUAUUCUGAAAAAGAGUAGUUGAGGUAUAGUAGGAACGUUUUAGCUUGAAGGCAGCAGGAAUGUUUUAUUUGUGAGGGAAUUGUAAUACAGUUGAGCAGACUUUAGCAUAAUGUGUAGCCGUUUAAUAGUAUAAAACCAACAGAAUCCAAAUCUCCUAAAUCCAAAUCUUUUCAGAAAACUGAAAAACCCUCCGAAUUUACAGUUCUUUCCAGUGGGGUUUGGGAAGUCCAAAGAAUUUCAGAUGAACCUAUCUUAUUGUUUUCCUAAGAAAUUAAUUUUAUCAGUACUAAACUUGCAUGUUGACUUGGAUAGCAUAGCAAGGUAAAUUUCUUUGUACUUGCAAUUAAACUUUAUUUACACACUUGGAUUCUCAGCUUCACCUGCUGAAAUCAACAGGAAAAAAUAAUUUCAUACAUUAAUGAAAUGGUCUGCCCUCUGUUACGCAGUUAUCAAUGUAGACGUGUAGUAAUAUCUUCUGAUAGUAAAGUCUGAAAUUUCCUUUCUGAAUUCAGUGAUGAAAUCGAGUUUCAGUCAGAACCUUGUAACACUAAGCAGAGCUGUCAAGGAUGGCCUAGCAAUCAGACGGUCAGUAGAACUUUCUCUUGGAAAAGAUCAACAUGGAAAUGUUGACCAGUGUUAACUUCUUUGACAACCUCUCUUCUUACAUAUAUCAUUUUUAUCUUGAUCCCCAGGUGUAGGAAAUCAGGAGAGGAAGGCAAGAGUCCGGCAUGGCCGAGUCAAGACCUGCUGGUCAAACGAAAGGUCAAGGAGGAAAUGCACAGUGAAAGCAGGGACACGUAUCCUGGGAAGAGCAUAGGGAUGCUGCCUGGUUGUGUCAGGAUGGGUCAGGAAGGCCAAGGCACAGCUGGAACUGAACUUGGCAAGGGAUGCAAAGACUACCAAGAAGGGUUUCUACAGGUAUGGCAACCAGAAAAGGAAGGUCAGAGAAAGUGUAACCCUCCCCCCGCCAAUGAACACGACUGGGAAACUGAUAACAGCAGACCAGAAAAAGGCUGAGGUGCUCAACAGCUGUUUUUGCUCCAGUCUUCUCUAGCACACCUCUCUUCCUACCUCUUGACUAGAUGGACCACAGCGCAGGGAUUGGGGGAGCAAAGUCCCUCCCAUUGUAAGGGAAGAUGAGGUUCCUGACCACCUGAGGAACAGGAACAUACGUAAGUCUGCAGGACCUUAUGAGAUGCAUCCAGGGCCAGGGGGAAACAGGCUGAUGUAGUUGCCAAGCCACACUCCAUGAUAUUUGAAAAGUCAUGGCAGUCACGUGAAGUCCCUGAUGACUGAAAAAAGGGAAACAUUGCACCCAUUUCUAAAAACGGUAGAAAGGAGGAUCCUGGGAACUGUCGGUCUCACCUCUGUACUAGAGAAGAUCCUCCUAGAAGCUAUGCUAAGGUACAUGGAGGACAGGGAAGUGAUUCAGGACAGCCAGCAUGGAUUCACCAAGAGCAGGUCCUGCCUGACCAAGCUAGUGGCCCUCUGUGAUGGAGUGACUCCAUCAGUGGACAAGGGAAAAGCUUCAGAUGUCAUCUAUGGGCACUUCUGUAAGGCCUUUGACCAGUUCCCUACCACAUCCUUCUCUCUGAAUUGGAAAGCCAUGGAUUUGAUGGAUGGACUAUUUGGUGGAUAAGGAAUUGGCUGGAUGAGCGCAUCCAGAAACUAGUGGUAAACAAACAGCUUGAUGUCCAGAUGGACAUCACUGGCAAAUGAUGUCCGUCAAGGGUCCAUAUUGGGAUCAGUACUGUUUAAUAUCUUCAUCAGUGGCACAGUGGGAUUGAGUGCACCUUCAGCAAAUUUGCAGAUGAUGCCAAGCUGAGUGGUGCAGUUGCCGCACCUGAGGGAUGGGUUGCCAUCCAGAGGGACCUGGACAAGCUGGAGAAUUGGGUCAGGAGGUUCAACAGUGCUGAGUGCAAGGUCCUGCAUCUGGGUCAGGGCAACCUAGGGAAGGGAUGGUCACCUGUACUCGGCAUUGUGAGGCCGUACCUCAAAUCCUGUGUUCAGUUUUGGGCCCCUCACUACAAGAAAGACAUUGAGGAUAUGGAGUGAAUCCAGAGAAGGGCAACGAAGCUGGAGAAGGGUCUGGAGAACAGGGUUAUCAGGAGUGGCCGAGGGACUUGGGACUGUUCAGUCUGGAGAAAAAGAGGCUGAGGGGAGACCAUACUGACCUUCACAGCUCCGUGGAAGGAGAUUGUAGUAAUGUGGCUGUCACUCUCUGCUCCUAAGUAACAAAUGAUAGGACAAGAGGAAGUGGCCUUAAGUUGUGCCAGGGGAGGUUUAGACUGGAUAUUUGAAAAAAAUUCAUCACCAAAAGUGUUUUCAAUCACUGGAAAAGGCUGCCUAGGGAAGUAGUUGAGUCACCAUCCUUGGAGGUAUUCCAGACUUGUGGAUGUGGCACUUAGGCAUGUGGUUUAGUGGUGGAGUUGGCAGUGCUGGGUUAAGAAUUGGACUCGAUGAUCACAGUUCUAUGAUUCUGAUCAAUACAGGCUGGGGGAUGAAGGGAUUAAGACCAGUCCUAUGGAGAAGGACUUGGGGGUGCUGGCAGAUGGACCUGAGCUGGCAAUGUGCGCUCACAGCCUAGAAAGCCAACCACAUCCUGGGCUGCAUUCAAAGCAGUGUGCUCAGCAGGUCAAGGAGAAGAAUUCUGCUCCGGUGAGACCCCACAUGGAACCCUGUGUCCAGUUCUGGAGUCCUCAGCACAGGAAAAACAUAGAUCUGUUGGAGUAGGUCCAGUGGAGGCCACCAAAAUAAUCAGAUGGGUGGAAUGCUUCUCCUAUGAGAAAGGGCAGAGAGAGUUGGGAUUGUUCAGCGUGGAGAUGAGAAGGCUCUGGGGACACCUUGUAGCAGCCUCCCAGUACUGAAAGGGGCUCCUAAGAAAGAUUGGGACAGGAUGUUUUUAGCAGGGCCUGUCGCUAUCGGACAAGGGCUGAUAGUUUUGAACUAAAAGAGGGGAGAUUUAGAGUAGGUAUAAUGAUGAGGGUGGCAAAGCACUGGCACAGGUUGCCCAGAGAAGUGGUAGAAGCCCUGUUCCAGGAAACAUUCAAGGUCAGGUUGGACAGGACUCUGAGCAACUGAUCUGGUUGAAGGUGUCCCUGCUCACUGCAGGGGGUUGGACUGGAUGAGCUUUAGAGGUUCUUUCCAACCCAAACUGCUCUGUGAUUCCCUGUUCCAGAUAAAUAAGCUCCAUGUUAUGACUGGCAGAGAAGGUGCUUCAAUUUCAGUGGAAACAUACUAUCAUGGGUAGUUGCCUGAGAGAUAAAUUAAAUGUUAUUAAAUAUGAAGGUGAGAGCAAAACACGCUCACAUAAAAUGGCUACUUUUAGAACUGAAAAAGAAAGUACAUAGCCCUUUCUUGAAACAGACUCCUUUUACUGUUAUCCCCAGAAACAGGAAAACUGUUUCCAGGCUUUUUUAUUAGUUUGUAGUCAUGGAACCAAAUCACUUGGAUCUAUAUAGUUUUCCUCCAGGGUCAUGUCCAGUGUUUCAUUGUAAAUAUUUUAUGAAGGAAGCUUCAGUAAGUGUCUCACAUCUACCAAAUGGUUCUUUUCACCAAUACCAUCAGUUUAAAUGGGAACAUUGAA